GAAGGAGAGAGGAGUGAGAAGGGGAGGGAGAGGAGAGAAGGGAGAGGGAGGGAAGAACGGACAAUAGGAAGAGGCGAAGGCGGACACUGCGAGACAGAGGGGAGUGGAGAGAGGUCACGGAAGGAAAGAGUGGGGAGGAGAGCAAGGGAAAGGACGGGGUCAGAACGAGAGACAGCAAGAGAGAGGGUAGAGGGAGAGAUCGGGGAGGAGAGAUGGAGAGAACUGCGGGGACAAGCGGGUGAGAAGAGAGAGAGAGGGGGCCGGUGGGUCGGGAAGAGGUGGGCAGACGGAGAAUGAAACAGGGAGAGAUAAAGUAGCGAGAGAGAGAGAGAGAGAGGUUGUGGGGUUCCACACUAGAGGCCGAGAGGAGGGACCGUCAGAGAGGAGGGGUAGUCAGCCAGGAGGGGAGGAGACAGAGACGGGGGAGGAGAGAGCGAGAGCACACAGCUGGAGAAGGGUGGAGAACCAGGGGGAGUGGAGGAGGAGAGAAAGGGAGAGGGAGAGAGGAAGUGAAGAGGAGAGAGGCUGGAACAGAGAGAGGUAGGGGAUCCGGAGCAGGGAACCAGGGCUCCGGGCGAUGAGGAGAGGCUCCGGGGUUCUGCUGCCUAAGUUUACGAGCGUGGGACGGGGUGGACAUUGAGAGUCCAGUGUCCGGCCACCUCCGGCGGGGCAUGGCUUGCGUCGCCCCUCUUCUGCUCUUGGCCGUGUUCACCCCGAGCUGGGGCGCCGAUCAUGCUGUGUGGGACCGCAGCGGGGACGGCCAACCUACCGCCCACCCUCUGCUCUACUUCGAGCCGCGGGACGUGAAGAGCCUCCGGCAGAAAGCUCGGGGAAGCCACUCCUCUGUCAGCCGGGCCAUCCGAGCGGCCGUGAAGACCAUGUUGGCCAAGAACACCAUCUACCUGCCUCCCGCCGACCACCAGGACUUCACGGCCAAGUGGAACGAGGUGUACGGCAACAAUCUGGGAGUCCUGUCGCUCUACUGCCUGUUGUACCCCGAGGACGGCGACGCGCUAGAAUUCGCCCUGACCUACUUGGACCGAAUGGCCUCUUACCCUCGCUGGCAGGUGAGGACGGCCCCAAACGACGAGGUACCGGUGGCCCACUCUCUCAGCGGCUUCGCCACCGCUCUGGAUUUUCUCUACCCCGUCCUGGACGAGGCCAGGAGAAAGACCUACCUCGAGAAGAUCCACGCAGUUACCGUGGAACUCUACGAGUUCUCCAAGUACCGGGCUUGGGGCAAACACUUCCUCCACAACCAUCAGGCCACCAAUGUCCUAGCCCUGUUGAUCGGAGCCUUGGUUCUCAGCCCUCACCAACCCCAGACCGCCUUGCUUUGCAAGCAAUUCGCCAUCGAUAUCAUGGAGAAGACCAUGUUCCUACUAGAACACGUCGUGGACGGCUCGCUGGACGAAGGGGUGGCUUACGGCAGCUACACUUCCAAGUCCAUCACGCAGUACGUAUUCCUGGCCCUUCGGCACUUCAACCUGAACCACACUGCUAGCCCGUGGUUGAGGCAACACUUCUGGUUCUACUAUGCCACUCUGCUCCCCGGCUUCCAGCGUAGCGUUGGCAUCGCCGACUCCAACUACAAUUGGUUCUACGGGCCGGAGAGUCAGCUGGUCUUCCUGGACAGGUACGUGCUGAGGGACGGCAGUGGAAAUUGGUUGGCCAAGCAGAUCCGGAAGCAUCGUCCCAAGGAUGGACCCAUGGAGCCCUCGAGCGCCCAUCGGUGGUGCACCCUGCACACCGAGUUCAUCUGGUUCGACCCCCAGCUGGUCCCUCGGCCCCCGGACCACCACGGCACCCCGAGUCUCCACGUCUUCUCCAACUGGGGGGUAGUCACCUAUGGAGGUGGCUUGCCCAACGGGCCGGGCAACACCUUUGUCUCCUUCAAGUCGGGGAAGCUGGGCGGCCGGGCGAUCUACGAGAUAGUCCACGGGUCUCCCUACUCCUGGAUCGAUGGGUGGAGGAACUUCAACCCAGGCCACGAGCACCCGGAUCAGAACUCCUUCACCUUCGCCCCCAACGGGCAGGUGUUUGUAUCCGAGGCGCUCUACGGACCCAAGUACAGCUACCUCAACAACGUGCUGGUCUUUGGUCCCUCGCCCAGCAGCCAGUGCAACCAGCCCUGGGAAGGCCAGCUCGGAGAAUGCGGACAAUGGCUCAACUGGCUGGCCGAGGAGUCCGGGAGCUCUGGGGGGGAGCUAGUGACCGCAGAUCAACACGGGGGCAUGGUCUUCACCAGUGGCGAGGCAGCCAGGGCUUACUCCUCCUCCAUGGGCCUGCGUAGUGUCUACCGGGCACUCCUGCUCCUCAACUCCCAGACCUUGCUGGUGGUGGACCAUGUGGAGCGAAGUGUUGACUCUCCCUUGGAGCAGGCCAGCUCCUUCUUCCACAAUCUGGACAUCGACUUCAAGUACGUGCCCUACUCUACUCCGGGGGGGCUGAACGGGGCCAUGAUGGAUGUGUGGGACGCCCAGUACAAGAUGUUCUGGUUUGACCCCGGCGGUUCCAGCCCCGAGCCCCGCCUGCAGGACACCGAGCAGGCUGCAGAGUUCAAGAAACGUUGGACCCAGUACGUCAACGUGACCUUCUCCCUGAGCGGUCCCGUCAGCCGCAUGGCCUACCUCUUCCAUGGCCCCUAUGUCCGCGUCUCCGACUGCAGGUUCCUGGACGAUGGCGGGCACGGCCUCAAGGUCGGGUUGACAGUCAACGGCACGCCGGUGGUGGUGUCCCUGGCCACGCGCCACUCCGACCCCAGCGCCCGCUUCUCCUACCUGGGCUUUGGAGGGUACGCCAUGGUGGAGGAACCUCACCAAGUCACCAGGUUCGGGCUGGGGAUCACCGCAGUCCAGGGGCGGCACUCGGUGGGGGCCGUCUUCUUUCACUUCGGCAUGACGGUGAAGGCGACGGUGGCAGUAGGCUUGUGUCUGGGCUUGGGCUUGGUGGCCACCCGUUGCCGGUUCCACCUCUCCUUCGGCAAGCUGCUGCGCCUGGCCAUGUUGAUCGCGGUCACCCUCUGGCUGGUGGAAUUGGCCGUGCUGUGGACCACCUGCAGGCAGCCCCUCUGCGGUGCCAACUGGACAGGGGGAGAGCCUGGACCCGUCCCCUCUCAGUGGGACCCUGUACUGGGCAAGAUGUCCCCUCUGGUGGUGGCCUCCUUGCCCGGUUCCGGGUCCGAAAUCCUCGAGCAUCUCUUCGCCAACUCCACCGACUUCCUGUAUGUCAGGCUGCCCAUGGAAGAGACGGGAGCUGCUGAAAUGGACCCCUUCCUCGAUGCCUGUGAGUGGAAGGGAUCGGACGCUCAGCAGGGCCGUUACCGCCUGGUCCAGGGCUGGCUUCAGUCUCUGGUGCACGGCACCAAACUCCACCUGCAGAAUGUCCCCAUGCACCCUGGAACCAGGGGCGAUACAACCGGGGAUAAUCCUGGAGGAUCCCCUGACAAGAAGAGGAAGACCAGGAGGAAGGUCUCCUCUGCCGACCGGAGGUACAGGGAGAACGUGGAGAGGAACGCAGAUGAGGUCCACCAGUUGAGGAGACACCUGGCUUCCUAUCCCAACGCCCGGGUGGUCCUCAGUUUAAGUAGCGGGGCAUGGACCCUCAAGCUGCCCUUCAUCCAGGGAGUUCUAGGGGCUUCCACUAGGACCAUGCUAGUGGUUAGGGACCCUCGGGCCUGGGUCCACUCCUUGCUCUUCAACAGCAAACCCAGCCUCUACUCCCUGAGCAACAUGCCUCGGCGCCUCGCCUCCCUCUUCCAGCGGGACGCCGCCGAGGCGUGCUCUCCUCCCUCCGCCUACGCCGUAGAGUUCGAGCGUCACAGGAGGUAUUUCUCCUCCUCUUCCAAGAACGUGGUGGCCCUCCUGGCUCACCUGUGGCUCGCCAACACCGAGGCAGCAAUGAGGGUCAACAGGAGGCUCUCGGCCGCAACCUACUUGCUGCUGAAGUUUGAAGACAUCAUCAAUCGUCCCGAGGAAGCAGCCGAGAAGGUCUACACGUUCCUGGGGUUCCCGCUGCCCCCGGCUGUGCUGAACAGGAUACUCUUCACCACCUCCACCAACUUGUUCCACCUCCCGUUCGAGGGGGAGGUCUCUCCCAGCAACCUCCAUGUCUGGAGGGACAGGAUGUCCCAGCAGGACAUUAGCACUAUCGAGGACAUCUGCUGGUCAGUGAUGGCCCAGUUAGGCUACUCCAGGGUAACCAGUUGAACACCGCACUCCCAGGGGUUUCAACACCAUUGAGAUGGGACGGAGUGCACAGCGGGGUCCCUGGACCUAUUCAGACGAGGUUUCACCAGAAGAGUUUGCACAGGAGAUGGAAGAUGAAACAUAGGAGAUAGAAGGAAACCACAACAUUUCACUGUAGCCCGGUGCACGUGACAAUAAACCAAGACUAAACUAAACAUGCGGUGCUCACUCCAAGCAGUGGUGAUUCCCACUCAAGUUCCCUUUCACACAGGUAGUUGUGGAGCCAUUAAUGGGGAUGAUGCAUGUGUGAGGGGCCCACUCAUCCUCGUUUUAAUCAUUUCUGUUCAACAGUAAGCCCAGUCUGCUCAGCAACACUCCGCAGUAUUUAGCUGCAUCCUGGACAGUAAAACUCUCAAGUAUUCCAUGUGAAGAGACUGAGCCAAAAAAAUUGAAAGGUACCCAAGCGGAAUAUGAGGAGCUGUUCCUCCAGUUUGCAUGUGGCCUCACCCUAGUAGUGGAGGAGACCUAGGACAGAGGGGUCAGCGUGGGAAUGGGAAAGCAACCGGGAGAUCCAGCAUGCUUUGGUGGACCGAGUGCAAAUAUUCAGUGAAACGGUCGGCAAGUCUACGCUUGGUUUUGCCGAUGAACACGAGCCCACAUCGGAAACGCCGGAUGCAGUUGAUGAGGUUAGAGGAGGUGCACGUGAACCUCUGUCUCACCUACAACUUCUGAAAACUUUUGGUCCUAGGAGUAUUGUAGGAUUUUGCAGAGAAGCACAUCAACAAUGAAGAGCGGUUCAUGGUGGGAAAUCGAUCGAUGGAUGCGAACCAUGUGGAAUCAGGAUGAUUGGAGGGGAAAUCAAUGUAAUCUUGUUACCAUGUUACACCUUGUUGGUUUUUUUAUCAUCUACAUUAGCUUUGGAGCCCAGCGAGACAGGCAUGGGUCACCUCAGACCAUUAUGGUGAUCGCUAUCUGCAGAUGAUUUUUCCUGGUACUUUGCUUGUUAUAGACAUUUCGGAUACAGCUGCCACUGUAAAGCACCCCCUCUCAGCCUCUCCAGAGGUAUAAGAGUCAAACAUACAGUAUACAGGCUGACUGGUUUGUGUAGGAAGGAACUGCAGAUGCUGGUUUAUACCGAAGAAUAACACAAAAUGCUGGAGUAACUGAACGGGUCGGACAGCAUCGCUGGAGUAAAGGAAUAGCUGACAUUUCAGGUCGGAAUCUUUUUUCAGAGUCAAGUCUUGAGACUAACCAAAAAUUAUCCCGUACAUUAACCUACACACACUCGGAUCAAUUUUACAGCUCACUGAACCUACUUAUCCUACAAGCCUAUUGGUCUUUGGAGUGUGGGAGCAAACCGGAGCACCCGGAGGAAACCAGCAUGAUCACAGGGAGAAUGUGUAAAGUCCAUACAGACAGUACCCAUAGUCAGGAUCGAAUGAGGGAUUCUGGCACUAAGUCAGCAACUCUACCAUCUCUUUUUCUCCAGAGAUGCUGCCGAAUGUGCUGAUUUACUCCAGCAUUUUGUGUCUAUCUACAGGUUCUUGCUUGGCAAGCAUUUUUACUAUCCUGCACUGUGGUUAACAUUUAUCACCGUAAGAAUGGCGUAUCCAAAAAUGUACCAUGCAGAAGUACUUUAGAAAUGUUAUGAACUUGUAAAUGUGGGUAUCAAUGGGAAUGAACACAGGGGCGGUGCCAUUGUAAAGGGUCCAACCCGAAACUUCACCUAUUCAGCGAUGAUGCCUAACCUGCUAAGUUACUCCAACACUUUGUGUCUUUUUGUUUAUAAAGCAGCAUUUGCAGUUCCUUGUUUCUACUUUGGGUCUUGUUCUGCCAAUGUUAUAUGCCUUGCCCGAACUUUGGUCAAGUAUCCGUACAUGUUAACACAGCUUCUGUCAUAGUCAUAGUCAUACAGCAUUGGCCAGCUCGUUCAUGCUGACCAAGAUCUCCUAUUAGGGACGGCAAAGUGUCGCAGUGGUAGAGUUGCUGCCUUACAGCACCAGAGACCCGGAUUUAAUGCUGAUUACAGGUGCUUGGCUGUGUGGAGUUUUCACGUUCUCCCUGUGACCUGUAUGUGUUUUCUCCAGGGUAUCCCAUUUCUUCCUAUAAAGGGAAUAACGUGAAUAACGUUUAGUGCGAGAUAAAGUCCAGUGAAGUUCGAUCAAAGAUAGUCUAAGGGUCUCCAAUGACAUAGCUAGUAGCUCAUGACUGGUCGCUAACUGUUGGUAGAUGGUUCAGUUGCCUGAUAACAACUGGGAAGAAACGGUCCCUGAAUCUGGAUUUACAGAACUUUUUGGGACGUUUUGGAAUGACAAUUGUUUCUUGCCUGCUCCACUUCUAUUUGCUUUGUGAAGUAAAAUGAUUAAUGAGAUGUAUCCUAGCUGUUGGAGAUGAUUGAGUGCACCUGGAGGCAGGAUGAGAUUACUUAAUGUUCCCCUUUCUUCCCCAUCUCAACUCAACGAUUUGAAGGAAAUUAAUGUGGCAUUUGAUAGAUCAAUGAAUCAAGAUUAGAACAGGUUGCUCUGGCAAGGAAACUGAUACAGGACAGAAUGGCCAAAUGGCUUCUUUCCAUAUCAUUUCUUCUGGAUAAAAGCCCAUCAUAUUAAUAUGAAGAUAUCAGUUGGAGCAACCACAGGUUGAAAUUGGUUAACUGAUGCUACUUUAUCUGAAUUAUUUUACCGAAGCCAAUUAACCUACAAACCUGGAGUGUGGGAGGAAACUGGAGCACCUGGAGAAAACCCACGCAGGUCACAGUGAGAACAUACAAGUUCCAUACGAACCCGAGUCUCCGAUGCAGUGAGGCAACAACUCUACCACUGUGAUGUUGUGCCGCCUUGUAGACAUGACAGGAUCUCUUGAGUUUGCCAAAGGUGCUAGCAAAAUACAAUUAUUUGGUUUUAGAUCUCUCUGCCUUUUGUAAGCCAGAACAAAUCCAUCAUGAAAUCUGCUUAUUAAUCCCUUUGCUGUUUUGCUCUUCACUUUCAAAGGAUACCAAGGCUGAUUAAGUUUGACUGACAUGUUUGAAUGGCCCCUGGGGACUGGGUUUUAUCGAUUCUGUCACAAUUUAGUUAGCAGAAAUAGAGUGAGAUUGUUGUCAUCAGUGGAUGGCUCAAGGAUCAGGAGGCAUUGUUGCAAAAUAUUGUGUGAAUAUUUCAAGAGAAAAUCCAUGUCUUUUUAAUCCAUGAGAGUGGUUUAGUUUAUGUUAGUGAUACAGCAUGGAAACAGGACCUUCGGCUCACUGAGGCCACACCGACCAGCGAUCGCCCCGUACACUAGCACUAUCCUACACACUGGGGACAAUUUACAAUCUUUAACGAAGUCAAUUAAACUAUAAACCUGUACAUCUUUGGAGUGUGGGAGGAAACCAGAGUACCCGGGGAAAACGUACAAACUCCAUAUAGACAGCACCCAUGGUCAGGAUCGGUCCCGGGUCUCUGGCACUGUCAAGCAGCAAAUCUACCGCUGUGCCACUGUGCAACCCUGGUUAUGAUCAGAGGUUCACUGUGAAGUUAAUGGAAAUGAAAUGAGACCCAAACUUGAACCUUAUCGGGUGUAUCUUCCAUGCCAGGCAUCAGGGGUUCAGCUUGGGCUUGCACCCCUUUUGAACUUUAUAAAUAAAAUUCUUGCCCACAUGGUUGAAGAUUCCAUCUUCCACAGUGAUAGUUCUUUAUGAAAAAUAAAUGUAAUCAAGAGGAGGUGGUGGCACUGCUGCAGUAGAGUUGCUGCCUUACAGCGCCAGAGACCAGGCCUGCUUCCACACUGUAUCUCUAAAACAAGAAAAAAAGAAAAUGGGGUAAAAAUCUACAAAGCUAUUUGGACAGGUACAUGGAUAGGAGAGGUUUAAAGAGAUAUGGACAAGAAACAGGCAAGUGGGACAAGUGGGUGGGGCAUCUUUGUCGGCAUGGGCAAGUUGCGCCGAAAGGCCUGUUUCCGUGCUGUACGACUCGAUGACUCUUUUUCUAUAAAGAAUCGCUUUGAUAUGAAUAAGAUCAAGAGAGGAAUAGAUAGUAUAAAUGCACAGUCUUUUACCCGGAAUAAAGGCAUCAAGAACCAGAGGACUUAGGUUUAAGAUGAGAGGGGAAAGAUUUAAUAUGCACCUGAGGGUCAACUUUUUCACUCAGAGGGCGGUAGGUUUAUGGAACGAAUUGCCUGAGGAGGUAGCUGAGGCAAGAUUUAAAAAAACAUUUGGAGAGGUAUAUGGGUAGGACAGGUUUAGAGGGAUAUGGACCAAACACAGGCAGGUGGGAAUAGUGUGGAUGGGACAUGUUAGUAGGCAUGGGCAAGUUGGGCCGAAGUGCCUGUUUCCAUGCUGUAUGACUCUAUGACUCUUAAAUCCCUUAAGAGUAGUGGAGAUGGAUGGACAUGAAAUAAGUCUCCAUGUUGGGCUUGGAUUGGGUUUGUGGUACGGAUGAUCCAGCUAAUCACGAGUUUCAGAGUAAAGUUGGAUGAGAAAUGGCAGGAAUAUUAUUUUUCAUGACCAUGGGGAGGAAGAAAACUGCAUUGAGUGGGACUGAUCGGAAUACUCCAUUAAGGGCCAGCAUCACUUUGAUGGGCCAAACGGUUUCAUCCCAAAUUCUUAAAACUGUAAUAAAUAAUCAUGAGCUUCAAAACGGUAAGCUGUCUGAUUAAGGCACAGAGUGUUGGAGAAACUCAAAAGGUUCAGGCAGCAUCUCUGGAGGGCAUGGGUAGGUGAGGUUUUAGGUCAGGAGCCUUCAGACUGAUUCAGAAGAAAGCUAGAGGAGAAGAAUUGUAGGAGAAAGCCUGGCAAGUGAUAGGUGGAUUGAUUGAUACGACACAUGGCAUGUCGCAGUGAAAUUCUGUGUUUUGCAUGCCAUAUACAAACAUAGAAACAUAGAAAUUAGGUGCAGGAGUAGGCCAUUCGGCCCUUCGAGCCUGCACCGCCAUUCAAUAUGAUCAUGGCUGAUCAUCCAACUCAGUAUCCCGUACCUGCCUUCUCUCCAUACCCCCUGAUCCCCUUAGCCACAAGGGCCACAUCUAACUCCCUCUUAAAUAUAGCCAAUGAACUGGCCUCAACUACAAGUAUGCAAAGUGUCACCACAUAUCGGGCGCUGACAAAGGUAUGGAAGGAACUGCAGAUGCUGGUUUACACAGAAGAUAGACACAAAAUGCUGGAGUAACUCAGCGGGUCAGGUGGUAUCUUUGGAGAAAAGGAAAAGGUGGCGUUUUGGGUCAAGACCCUUCUUCAGGCUGAGAGUCUCAGGUCUUAAGAGUACUAGCGAUGGGUGGCCAUGGGAGUAGUGUCCAGGUUGGGUUCAGACUGAGUGUCACAGUUUGAGUCAAGGGUCUCAACCCAAAAUGCCACCUAUUCCUUUUCUUAAGUAAUAGCUGAAUACAAGUGAUGAGGAGGGGUUUCAAGGUUUGCUUUUCUUAGUUCAGACUUUUAAUUUUUGUACACCAGCAUUAUUGGCAAGGGGCAAUGCAAUUAAUCUGGCAUUGUAAACUGCACUGGCUGGUUACUGGUUUAGCAAAGAAUGUGGCAGACUUGGAUGCAGAGAAAUGUGUAUUUAAAAGGGGAAUAGAUCGGGUCGACGCCCAACAUUUUGUGCCCAGAAUAAGGGAGUCAGGAAACAGAUGAAGAGGUUUAAGAUGAGGGGAACCUGAGGGGUAACCUUUUUUAAACAAAUGGUGGUGGGUGUAUGGAAUGAGCUGCCGGAGGAGGUAGUUGAGGCAGGGUGUUUAACGAAAAGUUUAACGCCGGCAGGGGGGAUUAGUGUAGAUGGAACAUGUUGGUCGGUUUGGGAAAGUUGGGCCGAAGGGCCUGUUUCCAUACUGUAUGACUAUGACUAUAAAAUAAAGCUCCCUGAUUUUGCAACUCAGCAUGAGACUUGCCAAGUGAAGCCAGACUGGUUGAUAAUUGAUUUACCUCUGUCAGAGGAAGCCUGCAUUUCAUAUCUAAAUAGCUCUCGUGGAGCUGAGUAAUGGUGGUGCAUAUUGCAUAAGAAUGUUUUAACAAAGGAAAUGGUACUGAACAAUAUGCUUCUUGCUUCUUUUGAACAUAAUGAUAGAUUUCAAGCAUCUGUGCCCUAAUGUGUUGGCCACUGUGAUCUGAUUUGAUUUUUAUGUCAGAAAUUGUACUGGGGUGCUGUUUUGUUUCAUUGUGAUGUACAGGGCCGUGUUUCUCCCCACAUCUUGAGGAUUAUAUUAAUGCAUAUCAAUAAAAAAAUCGCUUGAA